AUGAUGCACAAACUCUUCAAAGUGUAUUCCUUAUUUUCUCUUACCUUGGCCGUCAACAUCCUUGGCGGGGCCGCUGGCGACGUAUUCGAAUGUCCAAGAAUAGAAGAAGGCUCACAGCAACACGUCGAAAUUACGCAGUUCAGUUAUGGUGAAUUGACCGUUCAUCUGGGAGACAUCCCGCCGCGCCCGAGCACAGCAGAUGUCUCUUUCUUCGUAACUAGUUCGGCAAACGGGAAGCAGGCGUGCAGCGGCACCAUAGUGCAGCAGCAAAACGGCGAAUGGCAAGAUGCUGAUGGCUUAGCUUGGUUCAAAUGCGGGACGGAAUCCGCGCCGGACCCGGACUGUUUGGACUGCACGCACUUUCAAUUCGACUGGGGGCACGAGGGCUGGCAUUUCGCCGUUAAUCAGACUUGGGCGUGUGCGAGUUCCGGGGGAGGGUCAUAUAGCGUUUCUUACAAGGUCUCGGGGUCGAUAAUACUGGAUCCUGAGUGUACUGAGAGCCCAGAAAUUUCGUUCAGGUCAUGUACUGCCCCGGAUUUUCCACUCUCCGUUGAUUUAUACGACCAGACAGCCCUGGAGGCGCUAGGAACGUUAUAG